UCCUAUUUUCGCAAGCUAUUUUUCUAAGUUAUUCAGUUUAAGUGAAAAAUGUUAUGGCGCCACAGCUGCUCAAAUCGGAUGCAUACUUUGCUGCGAAACAUUUUAAAGCGGCCUUACCAAUCACAUGCUGGGGUUUUCGGUUUGAAGCCAUCGUCUGGCGAUUCGGAAUAUAUGCCGAAAGAAAUUCUGGAUAGCCGAGCGAAACACAGCAAUGUCUGGCGGUAUGUGUCAGCGUACAGGGACCAUGGUCAUGAACGAGCCCGGAUAGAUCCGCUGAAUCUCCAUCAGCCCAUAUCUCAAGCCCUGCUCAAACCUGGGAUAUACCAUUUGACAUCUGAUAUAAAAUUCCCAACGCAAGGAAUCGUGAACAUGAAUGAAUCUUUCGCCACAGUUGAUGAGCUUGAAGCUUUCCUCGAAUCUGCGUACUGUGGGAAUGUUGCGCUGGAUUUUUCGCACGUUGAAGAACUGGAGAAGGACUGGCUUGCGCACAGAUGGGAAGGCUUGUCUUCUGAAAAGUUGACAGAUUCCGAAAAGCUGACGAUUUGCCGUGAGAUGCUGCGCUGCCAGGCGUACGACUUCUUCUUAGCCAACAAGUUUGCAACCGUAAAGCGUUACGGCUGUGAAGGAGCAGAGUCGAUGACGACAUUUUUUACUGAAUGCUUUCGAGUUCUUGCCAGUGACGGGGUGCAGCAAGUUGUUAUUGGAAUGCCUCAUAGAGGGCGAUUGAAUUUAUUAACUGGGGCUCUUAAGCUUCCGCCUCGUCUAACUUACGCCAAAAUGAAGGGGGCAUUGCUGUUUUCGGAAGAGCGGGCCACAGUAGGAGAUGUUUUGUCUCACUUGACGUCGUCCGUCGAUCUGGAUGUGGAUGGGCAUGCGUUGCAUGUUACGAUGUUGCCAAAUCCUUCACAUCUGGAGGCCGUGAACCCAGUCGCUGUGGGGAAAACAAGGGCAAGGCAAAGACUUCUACUAGAUGGUGAAUAUGACGAAAGCGAUGCAGGAAGAGCUGGUGACAAAGUGGCAUGCAUACAAGUUCACGGGGAUGCAGCAAUUGCCGGACAAGGUGUUGUACAAGAAACAUUAGCCAUGUCACGUCUUCCUCAUUUCAACGUUGGUGGCUCAAUUCAUUUAAUUGUGAAUAAUCAAGUGGGAUUCACAACGCCUGCCGAACGAGCUCGGUCAUCCCGGUAUUGUUCAGACGUGGCUAAGAUGAUCAAUGCUCCCGUGCUGCAUGUGAACGGAGCUCGUCCGGAAUCCGUUUUGAAAGCGACUCGAUUAGCUAUCGAGUAUCAACGGAAAUUCCGGAAAGAUGUUUUCAUCGAUUUGCUGUGCUUUCGUCGCUGGGGUCACAACGAGUUGGAUGAUCCGAUGUUCACAAAUCCAAAAAUGUAUAAGGUCAUUCAAUCAGCUAAGACCAUUCCGGACACCUAUGUGGAAAAGCUGAUCGGAGAAAAAGUGAUCGCACAGGUAGAAGCGGAUCGAAUAAGUCAAGAAUAUAGCGAUUUUUUGAGAAAUGAGUUGGACCAUGCGGAUGCUGUGAAGAUUGAGUCGGACAAAUUUGGUGGUUUGUGGACGAGUCUUGCAAGACCUUCUAAAGAGUUGACUGUGUGGGACACAGGUGUUGACUUGGAAGUGCUGAAAUUUGUUGGUUCCAAAUCAAUUCAGUAUCCUUCCGAUUUUCUAAUUCAUCCACAUUUGAAGAAAAGCCACGUUGAUGCUAGACUCAGCCGUUUGGUGAAGGGUGAUAAACUGGAUUGGGCAACUGGAGAAGCAUUGGCCUUCGGAUCUCUGCUUUAUCAGGGAUUCGAUGUGCGGCUUUGCGGACAAGACGUUGGGCGUGGUACAUUUUCUCAACGUCACGCCAUGCUAGUUGACCAGGAAACCGGAGAGAUUACGAUUCCGUUGAAUGAUAUGAAUGUUGAUGGAGUCGGGAAGUUGGAGCUGGUUAAUUCGUUGUUAUCUGAGGAGGGUGUUCUGGGAUUUGAGUACGGAUACAGUAUCAGCUCUCCAAAUUGCCUGCCCAUCUGGGAGGCCCAGUUCGGGGACUUCAACAACGGAGCCCAGAUUAUCAUAGACACCUUUGUGACUUGCGGAGAAAAUAAGUGGAUGCUGCAGAGUGGGUUGGUGAUGCUGUUGCCACACGGAUUGGAUGGUGCAGGCCCUGAGCAUAGUUCUUCACGCCUUGAAAGAUUCCUCUUGCUCUCGAGUUCCAGUGAAACUGAAGCAGAUGGGGAUGCUGUCAAUUUUAGCGUUGCGUUUCCAACAACUCCCGCGCAAUAUUUUCAUCUCUUACGACGUCAGAUGGUGCGAAACUUCCGAAAGCCCCUUGUCGUAGCUUCGCCAAAAACUCUGCUUCGAUUGCCGGAAGCCAAGUCGGACUUGGCCGAGUUUGGGCCAGGAUCAGUAUUCAAAAAUGUCCUUGAUGAUCCGAGAAAGUUGGAUCGAGGAAGCGUUACCACGAUCAUUCUUUGUUCCGGGAAACAUUAUUAUACCGUGGAAAAAGAAAGAGCGAAGAGGAACAUAAAUAAUACCGCGAUCAUCCGAUUGGAAUCCUUGGUCCCGUUCCCGGCUUAUGACCUUCAGGAACUGAUCAAGAGGUAUCCGAAAGCCCGUAUGACGUAUGCGGGACGGAACGAAUCUCCUGUUCCUGCGGUUGGCUCAUCGAUUCUGCACGCGAAGGAGCUGCAGCAAGUACUGGCGGAUACUUUUGAAUCGUUCGAAACAGAACAGGAAAAGUCGAGUGCUCUAUUUUCCGUCAUGUCGGCGCACUGCAUCGCGUCGCAGUGUUAUUAUCUGGGAUGCGUCGGAACUCCACUUACGCUGGCGAUUUUGGAUUCAGUUCUCGCAACCAUUCGCGGGAAAGGAUGGAUUGCAAAAGGAAGUCAUCUAGUGGAAGCCUUCGCGAUGCCGCUUCCGAAGCGUGUUGUGCAACCCGAGCACGUCGCUCGAGGAACUCUGAUCCCCACUGAUGAAGGUGUACCAAAUGAGCUGGAGGAGGUGACGAACGGUACUCUGGCAAACGUGAUUCGCCAACUUUCCAGCCUCAGCCACUUAGCUGAAAGUAUCUUCAGCGAACUGUUCAAGGAAGCAAGCAACAUGCAUGUUCGCUGUUCGCAGUUACAAGUGCGCGCCGAUAAAUUAUCGCUGAAGACAACUCAGUUCGAUAGCAGCGUCGAAGAAGUUACUUUGCAAGAAACUCACAUGAGGAAAGCUUUCCGCAGCAACGCUACGUUUGAUCAACAAGUCGUUUCCCGAGCUUCCAUGCCUUCGUCAUUGCUGGAAACGUACAUGCGAUGUGAUAAACCUCCACCCCUGGAUAAACUGAAUCCUUAUAGGGAUGAUGGAAAGGACGGUCUGAAGUUCUACACGGACCCGAACUAUUUCUUUGACCUUUGGCGCCAAGAAAUGCUGAAAGAUCAAGACAGGAUUUUGCAUGAAAAAGGGAAAAAGCCUCACAGAUCGCGGUCUUCGGAUGGAAGUAGCGGCGGUCGACAUAAGAGAAAAGUUAGAACGCCGCAGAAUACCCGCGAACAGCAACGACAGCGGGCUGCUGCUCAUGGAGAAUACAUUAUCAAUACGCCCGGUUCCCCGACUGCUGCCGCCGCUGGAGUACAAGCCCAGAUUUAUCGGAGUCCUUCCACUGUGGGAAACCACGUUACUCCGACGCAGUCCCCGUACCAAAAUCAUCAAGAUGCCGUUUACGCGGAAAACACGUACGGAACUAUGCCGAAUGGUGGAUUUGGGUAUGAGUACCAGUAUGGUACACCGCAGACAUACGCGUAUGGGCCUCCGCCGCCAGCCGUGUCUCCUCCACCGCCACCUGUUGACAGCAGGGUGAGCCUGCGUCCGUCGCAGCCGCCACCUGCGCCUCCAGCACAGAUGGUGUCGACGCCAUCCGUUGCACCAUCGCCUCCGGCGGCUAUGGUGAUACCCUCAUUGACGCAGUCACCGUCGCGAAUGCGGACGAAUUCGGUGCCGAGAGAAAACUUGCCACCGCCUCCGCCGCCGCCAGUGGCGUACAACGACGGCGCUAUGUCGCCUGUGAAGAUGGAUGUGACGACGCCUCCACCUCCUGCAGAUUUGCCGCCUCCACCGCCGUCGCCUUCGCCACCUUCUUUGACAGAUCUGCCGAAUCCCGCCGGAAUGUAUAACGAAGGUCCACCGCCACCUCCGCCUCCACCACCACCACCCCCGCCGCCCCCUCCAAUGCCGGAAAUGUGUCCUGUACCGCCUCCGCCGCCACCGAUGCCUAACGGUGAAAUCAUGCUGAAUGGAAACGGACCUUUGGGCUCAUCCCCGAAGAAGAACGAUCUGGCACCAUCGGUGAAACCAAAACCGAUUGUGAAAGUGUCCGAAGAACGGUCGGAACUGUUGAGAUCAAUCCGAGAUGAAAGGGUUAAUCACGCUGCUAUUAACCCUCCCUUAAUCUUGAAGUCGAAUUUCAAGGGACCGGCAAAAAUAUUCGAGUUGAGGAGAUAUCGAGAUGGGGAAACAAGAAGUUUUGUUGUGGGAAAGAAGGAAGAAUUGCAGGAAGUUGUUGCUGGCAUAACUUUGCGAAAAGUGGAGCAGAAGCAACAAGAGGUGGAGCGGAAAGAAGCACAUCCAUUUGACGUAGCAUCAAUUCUUCAGCGUCGAGUUGCCAUUGAAGCUUCAGACUCGGACUCUGAAAGUGCGAACGACUCUAAUUACGACUCAGAUGAUUGGGAAGACCAGUCGUAA